AUGACAAAGCGGUGGAUCACGAGGGUACGUAUUUAAAUACGAUAUAUUCGUCAUUAUUUAUUAUUGGCUAGAUAACUUAAAACACUGGCCCACGAAAUUUGAAACGCUUAAAGUGUAAAAGGAAAACCAGUAUCUAGUAACCUACGACACUUUUAAAGGCGGAAUUUUCGACACAAAUAUGUAAUCUAAAUGGGUUCUUGUCUGCCACAUUAAACACCUUUACACCACUGUAAGUGCACAAUUUGCAAUAAAUGGAAUUAAAACGCGAAUGCAAGUAAAUUAAACAAAACGGACUUAACAAGGAGUUACAAGUACUGCAAAAGCAGUUUCUGAAUCAAAAGACAUUGAGUGACAAUUUUUUCACAAUGUAAAGUAGCGUUUUACAUACAAGUACAUCAGCAGUGGAACCCAUGCAAUGUGGUGCUAGCAGUCAUGCUUAUGCUGACGGUCAAAAAUAUGUAUGAUAAAAGCGUGAGCUGGAUACAUUUGAGCGUCAUUCAGAUCACACAUGUUUGCUACACAUGGCCGUGGAAUUUCCUUAAAAAGUGGCCAAUGAUAGGGUUCUUUAUUUGAAUUUUUUCUUGUGUGAAAUAGCGCCAAAUCAUGUCAUAUGUAUUCUAGCCGCGUCGAUAUCGGUGGAAAAGGAAAUCACAGCUAACGAAGCAAAGGAUCCAGAAAGUAUGCAUUUUUAUCGAAUUUGGGACUUGUCACCAUGUUUCGCUUAUCCAAUAACAUAAAAUACCAGUCUUUGAGUGGGGAAUUUUUUGAUGCAAAAAGGACCCAAGUUCCCAGUAACAUCCGUUCAUUUCUAUUAGUGUAAAUUAUGCAGGCAAUGUAGAAUUCAAAACAGUCUAAUGUCUACUCAUUAACUGCCAUUUUAGAAAGAUACCACAUUAGACAGACACGACCAUUUCAAAAAUGCCAACUAAAGCACCCCUUGACUGAGGGGAACAUAUAUAUCGUCUUAUUUUUGGGAAACCCCAUUAACGGCAUAAUAAAACUAACAUUCAGCAUACCAAGCGCGUUUUUUGUCUUUUUACAUGCCUUGUUAUAUGGUAAAUCAAUGUGUCUAUAGAUUUUCGACCAGCAGACGCUAACUGCUAAAGAAACGAAAACAAAAUCGCGAGUGAAUAAUGAAUGACGCAACAUAUUGACGAAUCAAACUUUAUUUAUAUUGCGCACAGCGUUAUUAGCAUUCGAUCAACCAAUAAGCCUAAUGUCGACUAACCACUUUAUGAAAGACGUGUACAUCUAGUUUUGCUGCAAUUUCCUUCUGUUUGCACUGCAUCUUUCAAAGUCGUGACUUAAACAUAUUAAGCAAUGAAUCUAUGUUCAUACUUACCAUUUCCUCAUUCAAUCAUAUUUUUUAAAAUGUCGAUCAAAAUUAAAGAAUGUUAUUGCUGACAAAGACAAGGACCCGCGGACCAGUGCUUAUAGGCGUGGGCUUCUAACUAACAGGUCGCGAGUUCAAGCUUCAGGUUUUCCACACUUCGGGGUUGAGUACGACUGGCUGACAACGGCUGAUAAGCCAGAAACUGCCAUUCCAGUCUCCCUUGUCUUUGCCGGUAAUACUAUUCUGCCUACGUCUUGCUGCGCUGUACGGCUGCUGGUUGAGCUCGAGAUAGAGCCCAUAAGGCAGAAUCAAAUGAGUGGGCUCCGUAAGAACGAUCGGUGAGAGCCCCUAUGCCACCACAAUCAAAAAUCAGAAACUUGUCAGGGAACAGUUUUAUGGGUUAAGAUGUUUAUGUGUUCUGUUUUUGGUUGUACAAGGGGAUAUUACAAUUAUCGUUUUUCUUACUAAAGGUACUCGAGUCUCUUAACUUAACAAAUACAAUCAUACUUCUUUGACACGUUUAUUCCUUCAAAAUAAACAAGUGUUACCGCGCUGGCGUCACUGAAUUUACUUUCAUGUUUGCGAUUUUAGGUGAUCAGUGCUCGUGCCCAGGUAACGGUGAAAACAUCUUGUUGUGUAACCUGUGUUUUUUUCAAAAAUAACCAAAUGCCUUUUUACGUUUAGCUAGUUCAAUGGAACGCCAGUCUUGUGGUUCAACUGGUAAGUUUCGUUUUUUUGCGUGGCAUAGUUAAUGAAACAAGUCAUAUAAUAAAACCUGUGAAUUUUUAUGUAUUUAGACCGAAUUGGUGAUUCCUGCGGAUGUAAAAUGUAAUCUGGAGAACGGAAUCGCGUACUCAUUUGAAAUGCGCAAGAUAAUGUCUUGA